AUGGCUUCAGAGAGCGCCUCACCGAUUGGCAUUGCCAACCUGCCCAACCAGCGCCACAAGAUUGUUGCGAAGCGUGGUGCUAGCUUCACCAUCAUGGUUGCUGGAGAGUCUGGCCUGGGAAAGACCACUUUCAUCAACACCCUGUUCUCUACCACCAUCAAGAACUAUGCCGACCACAAGCGCCGCCACCAGAAGCAGGUUGACAAGACUGUGGAGAUUGAGAUCACCAAGGCUGAGCUGGAAGAGAAGUUCUUCAAGGUCCGCCUGACCGUCAUUGACACUCCCGGAUUCGGCGACUACGUAAAUAACCGCGACUCGUGGAUGCCCAUUAUCGAAUUCCUCGACGACCAGCACGAGUCUUACAUGCUUCAGGAGCAGCAGCCUCGCCGCCAGGACAAGAUCGACCUCCGUGUUCACGCCUGCCUGUACUUCAUCCGCCCUACCGGACACACCCUGAAGCCCCUGGACAUUGAGGUCAUGAAGCGCCUGUGCUCUCGUGUCAACCUCAUCCCCGUCAUUGCCAAGGCCGACACCCUCAGCCCCUCCGACCUGGCCAAGUUCAAGCAGAGAAUCAUCUCCGUUAUUGAAGCCCAGAACAUCAAGAUCUACCAGCCCCCCAUUGAGGAGGAUGACGAAGCUGCCGCUCAGCACGCGCGCAGCCUGAUGGCGGCUAUGCCAUUCGCCGUGAUUGGCUCCGAGAAGGAUGUUAAGAGCGCUGAUGGCCGUGUCGUCAAGGGACGUCAAUACUCGUGGGGUGUUGCCGAGGUUGAGAACGAGGACCACUGCGACUUCAAGAAGCUGCGAUCGAUCCUGAUCCGAACCCACAUGCUCGACCUCAUUCACACCACCGAGGAGCUGCACUACGAGGCCUACCGCGCCCAGCAGAUGGAGACUCGCAAGUUCGGCGAGGCCCGCCCACGCAAGCUCGACAACCCCAAGUUCAAGGAGGAAGAAGAGGCUCUCCGCAAGCGCUUCACCGAACAGGUCAAGAUCGAAGAACAGCGCUUCCGCCAGUGGGAGCAGAAGCUCAUUGCCGAGCGCGACCGCCUCAACAAGGAUCUCGAGCAAACCCACUCGCAAAUUAAGCAAUUGGAGGCCGAGUUGGAGAACAUGCAGGGCGCCGCAGUCCGCAGUCACGGACGCCGAUAG